AUGUCAGGAGAAUUACCAAAAAUUGGUAAUAAGAGUUUGUUUACUACUUAUGUUGAGAAAAAGAAUGCAGAAGAAGAAGCAAUGAAAAUAAAAAAUAGAAUCGAUCAAAUCAGAUAAGAACGAGAGAAAAUACUUAAAAAAAUAUAAUCAGAAGAUUAAAAAGCAGAGCAUAUCUACAGACAUAGAUUAGAAUUGCAGAUAAAAAAAGAGGAAAAAAUAAGAUAAAAAGUAGAGGCUCCUCCACCUUUCUCAUUGAGUGUCUCAAGAGCUUAGAGAGAGACAUUGAAAAAAAUAAAGUCAGAAAUGCUAUUUAGAAAAAAAACUGAAGUCAAAGAAUUCAGAGAUUGGCAUAAACAUGAUCUCAAAGAAACAAAAUUAUAGAGAAAUAUGGAUCAUGAUACAUUUAGGAACAAAGUUAUUUAAUGGAAAUGGGAGGAGAAGCAAGCGAACUAAAAUACGUUGAAUAAGUUGAAAGAUAGACGAGAUAAAAUCAGAUAUGAUGUAGAACUGGAAAAGGAUAAAGUUAUCAAGGAGAAAAUUGAUUAAGAUUAGAGAAUAAGAGAAUUAGAAUAAAUUGAAUAGCUUGAACUUUCCUAUUUACAGUAGACGAUGCUGAGAGAAAAUUAAACAAAAGAAAAAGUCAAUUUAGCUUAGAGUCUUCCCCCAAAAGAAUUCGAGUCCAAAUUUAUAAGUGGAUCAGCAAAAAGUUCACAUCAAUGGGAAAGUCCAUGA